GGCAAACACACAAGUAAAGCCGAAGCAAGCAUAAGUGCUCGAAACUUGAAAUUGCAAAAAUCGGCUUGAGAAACGCGCUGAUUAAAAUAAUCUUACAUUUUAUUGUCUCUGACUGAGCGAGAAAUCAUGUAAUAUUAAGGAAACGGUGAAGGUCAUCCGAACUCAGCGAUUUUGCGCACACGGCCUCAGCUUCUCACUUCAACUUGAGAUUGAGAUCAGAUUUUGUUAAAAUUUGAUCUGUCAGUUUGCAAGACCAGGUGGUUUGUGGGAGCUAGCAUCUACCCUUCUCUGCCAUGCCUCUGCUGGAGCUGCCCAUACCUCUGCUGCGGCGCCUGGCUGGUCUCUGCUCCCCUGCCUCCCGGUGUGUUGUGCUCUCUCUGACUCAUCAACGGCCCACCAUGGCACCCCUCCACCUGCCUUCGGACGACGCGGACGACUCGCGCGGCGCCGGCGACCGCGCCGGCCGGCCCGAGACCGCCUAUGCAGAGCCGACGCGCUCGCGGCGCAAGUUUGUGGAGCGUUUCCUGCGCCGGGAGCUGGGCCUGAGCUGGUCGUGCGCCGAGCGGGAGGCGGCCCGGUGGCGGCUGCCCACGGACGCCGGCCUGCCGCUGCUGGCCGACAACCUGGCCUUCCUCACAGAGCGCGGCGUGCAGCUGCGCCACCUGCAGCAGGACGUGGACGUGCUGGCCGUACCGCACGGUGACCUGCUGCGGGUGCACGGCCUGGUGAGCGGCCUGCCAUGCGCCGAGUUCUGUCACUACUACCCGCUGAGCCGUGCGCGGCCUGACCUGGUGGAGCCGCUGUUCCGGCGCCUGCCGACGCCGUACUCCAACCUGGUGCACCAGCUGGCCGACACACUACAGCUGCCGGAGCUGACAGUCAGCAGAGCGGUCAGCAGGAUGGCCAGCCAGGUCAUCAAGAACAGCCCCGAGAAGCUGCUGUCCAGCGCCAGACUGCUGACAGAGCUGGGGGUGCCGGUGUCUGAGCUGGGCCGCUCGCUCUACCUGCUGCGGCUGACCGGGGCGCGCCUGAGGCGGCGCGCGCAGCAGUGCAGGAAGCACGGAGUCCCGCUGCGAGCGCACUAUCUAGCCAUGACCGACGACAACUUCCAGAGGCGCGUGGCUCGCGGCGGCCCGCUCUGCGAGGAGACGGAGGACGUAGCGCUGACGGUGGCGCUGCGUCUGGGCGUCUCGCGGGACCGGGUGGUGGAACAGACGCGCUGCUCGGACGUGCUGCGGACGCUGCGCGCCGGCCGUCUGGAGACGGUCACCGGCCUGCUGGAGCGCGCCGGCUACGGGCCCGCCGAGCGGCUGGCCGCCCUGCUGACCGUGUACCGCGGCCGGCCCGAGCGGCUGCGGCACCGGCUCGAGCUGUGCCGCCGGCUGGGCAGGCCCAAGCCGUCGCUGGCCGUGCUGGCCAUGGACCAGAGGAGGUUCGAGACCAGGCUGGCUCGGUGGGCCAGAACGGCGGGGGCGGAGGAGCCGGAUCGGGAAACUGUGCGGACCGAAGACACAGAGCGGCAGUGACGAUAGCGGUCUUGUGGCAGAGGAGAGGAGCACAGCGUGGUGAGUGAGAGCGACGGAGAGUCGCAGCGGCGUCCGUGGUGCUUAUCGGCAGUUUGGGAACAGCGGAGAUGCAGCGAAUCUGGAGACUCGUCAGUCAGUUGAAGUUCAAUAGGCGGAGCUGGCCGUGUCAGUGUUCCCGAUUGCACUGGAUAUUACAUAUCCUUGUUGUGACGUGAUGCUUUAUGUUUACGGUUGUCAUUACGUUUGAUGCGCUGAUUAAGCCAACUAUUAGGGUAUAUUUACCAGUAAAACGCCUUUUGGGCGAAGAACGAGCGAGCGAGAUAGUGAGCCUUGCACGUGCAGAAUGGCGAGAGGUUACUUCCAACAGGCUUGUGAAAAGCACCCUUCUAACCGGUCGCUAGCGGUGUACCAAAUUUGAACGCAAUCGGCCCAGCCGUUCCUGAGAUCUGGAAGCGGCAUUCUGCACGUGCGCACGUGCAAACGGGGUCCAAAAUUACUUUUGCACGGCACCCUGCUAACCGGUCCCCAACCGUGUACCAAAUUUGAGCGCAAUCGGCCCAGCCGUUCUCGAGAUCUGGAAACGCCCCCUGCACGUGCGCACGUGCAGUAGCACCCUAACCGCAACACAUGGGAAUGCAUUGCCUGGUGGGUGCCUACCUGUAUGCCAAGUUUCAGCGAAAUCGCCCCAGUAAUUACCGAGUUACUGAAAUGGGAACAAAUUUGACACCUCUUAUUGUUGUAUUUUGCACGUGCAGUGGGGGUCACUCACAUAGAUGAAGAGUAUCCGACCUUUGGUAGAAGGGAUGCAGCUACCCUAUAAAAAUGACCGCAAGACAAUCGCUCGAGCCGCUGCUGAGAUAUGGGCCUCUCAAAAUCAUUACUUUUGCAAAACUGCUUGAACACCCUUGACUUUUCACGUGGCACGUGCCACGGCGGUCACUUAGAUGUAUCAAAAGUAGUCAAUUACGGGGUAGAAGGGAUGGGGCUACCCAGCAAAAAAGACCGCAGGCCAUUCGGUCCAGCGGUUGCUGAGAUAUAAGCCUCUCAAAAGCGUUACAGGCCGGGCCGGGCCGGGCCGCUCAUACUGAGAUUUUCCCGUUAUAUUGAAAAGACUUCGCUUCGCUCGCUGCGCUCGCUCGCUCGUAAUCAGUAAAUCUGGAUACCGUGAAUGUUUGCUGAUCACUUUCAUGCAUUUGGCAACCCUAAUGUGCCUUCUCCGAGGCUUGUCAAUAAAUACUAUUGCUAUA